AGAAAGAGUCGGGGAGAGAGAGAGAGAGAGAGAGAGAGAGAGAGAGACGACCAGGGGAAACAAAAAAGGGAGGUAGACGAGAAGAAAAAUAGAACGGGCGAGGAAAACCACUGGCAGAAGGGGAAUGGAAAAAGAAAGAGGCUGAAGAGAGAAUGAGAGAAGAGUAAAAGAGUGGAUGAGAACAACUUCUCCUUUUCGCUAUUAGUUUUGGUGUGGAGGAAGGGGGAGGAAUCUGACAGGGUGACGAUGGCUGCCCACUCUUCAAGGGGCUCAACCCAGAGACUGAGCCGGGACCUAACCUGCUCCAUAUGCCUGGACCUCUUCAAACAGCCCGUCUCCCUCCCAUGUGACCACACCUUCUGCCAGGCCUGCAUCACCAGCUACUGGACCGGCCCGGCUUGCCAGAGCGGGACGUCCUCCUGUCCCCAGUGUCGGACCGCGUUCCCUGGCCAGAGCUUCCGGCCCAACCGGAUAGUGGCCAAUAUCGUGGAGAGCUACUGCCAAACCCUGGAGGAGAGUGGGCAGCCAUGUCGGGGUGCUGCCCAGGCCCGGCCAACCCCCCUCUGUCUCCGCCACCGGGAGGAGCUGAAGCUCUACUGCGAGGAGGACCAGGAGCUGGUGUGCCUGGUGUGCGGCGUGUCCCAGGAGCACCGGAGCCACACGCUGGUCAGCAUGGAAGAUGCCGAGCAGCGCUACAGGGCAUCUCUGAGCAGCUCUAUGACAGCAUUGCAAGCAGAGCUGAACACUGCAAUGCAGUGUGAGAGCGAGGCAGAAGAGGAGGUGAAGAAGCUGAAGGUGCACACAGCGGACCUGAAGCAUCGCAUCGAGGCGCAGUUCUCCGACCUGCACCAGUUCCUGUACCAGGAGGAGAAGAUGCUCCAAGUGAAGCUGAAGACGGAGGAGCGGCGGGAACUGAUCCGGCUGGACGAGUACAAGGCCGUGCUGUCCGUGGAGAUCUCCCGACUCCGCCAAGCCAUGGGCGACAUCGAAGACAAACUGCGUGAGCACGAUGCCUUCCAGCUGCUCAGGAACAUCAAGGCCCUGCUACAGAGGCAUCCGUUGAAGUUUGAACGGCCAGCCCACACCGUCCCCAGCCUGUGUGAAGGCCGCUUCGCUGGGCCCCUGCAGUACAGAGUGUGGAAGUCCCUAAAAGGCAUAAUUUACCCAGCUCCAGCCACUGUCACCUUCGACGCCAGCACGUCCAACCCCUGGCUGAGCCUCUCCCCGUCCCUCACCUGCGUCCGGUACCAGACCUUCCACAACCCCGUGCAGGACAACCCCCAGAGGUUCAAUGCCGCCCUCUCCCUGUUGGCCAGCCAGGGCUUCACUCACGGCCAGCACUACUGGGAGAUCGAGGUGUACAGCAGCACUGUCUGGACCCUGGGCGUGGCACGGGAGUCCGUGGCCAGGAAGGGGGUGAUCAAGGCCCUGCCGACCAACGGGUUCUGGACUCUCUCCCUGUCGUACGGGGUCCAGUACAUGGCGGGCACCUCCCCGCCCACUGUACUGUCCCCGGAGGAACGCCUGGCCCGGGUCGGGGUAUAUCUAGACUACAAGAGGGGGCUGGUGUCCUUCUACAAUGCAGAGAACAUGGCCCACCUCUACACCUUCCAGGAGAACUUCACGGAGACCCUCUACCCCUACUUCAACCUGGGAUUUUUGGACAAGGUACACGAGAAUGAGCCCCUUAAGGUGUUCCUUCCGAAAAUCUGACCCUGGAUCUUAGCCACGGUCUUACAGGUUACGUCUGCACCCCGCAACUGUCACUAGGCUGGACCAGGACAGACUUACAUAUCUACUUAUGGGGUAGACAGGCUGACACAGUGCCCUAUAAAGAGAUGUAGAGGAAUUCCAUCCUGUCCCCAGUAAGACUAAACCAACUUGUACCACAGUUCAGAAGAACAUUUAGCAGUCAUUUCCAAAUAGCACAUAACUAUAAUUGCAAUAACAAAUAUUGCAUGCUUGUGGUAAAUAUAUAGUAGUUUAAAGUGAUGGGAUGAAGAAAUAUUUUGUACUUACCUCAUUUGAAAUAUAUAUUUUCACAUUUAUCAAUACUUAAUCAUGAAACUGUUUUAAAAUAUACAAAUGUAAAACAUAUACCUUAAAUAUACCACUGUAAAGCACAUGUACUGAGAAAUAUACAAUAAAUACCAACGGCCAUGAACGUUUCUGAUGAAUGA